AUGGCUAACAGCAGAUUGGAAAAAAUAGGAACCAUCAUCACGAGAACUAAGGGCCUUCUCAAAUCCGGUGCCAUGAAGUUUGACGAGCGACCGCUCUGGUAUGAUGUUGUGACCGCAUUCCCUCCCCUUGAGGAGCCGCGUUACGAUCGUCCUGCUCCUAGAGUACCGGUGCGGGAAAUAUUUUACCAAGAAGAUACAGUACGAGCCAAGUUCCACAAAGCUGGCAAAGCAACGUUUGCUGUAAACCUGCUGGAUACGAACAAUCUUACACCGACGCAGCAAUUCAUUGGAAUAUAUCAGAACUUGUCCACCCAGGGUGCAUUAGACGAGCAGAAAGUGUACGAAAUAGCAAUUGAUCUGCUAGAAGACCAAAUGCGGCAGCAAAGAGCAGACAAACGACCAGCAGAAACUGAAACAAGCGAUCGUGUUAAACCAUCACCUCUACCGGAGGAUAGUGGCAAAACUGUGCAACUGCAAGAUAUAUUCAAAGAUUAA